CUCGCCCCGCCCACCAGCAGGACCCAGCCUGGAGCUGUUAGCAACUGUCUGCGGCCGCAGCUGCAUCAGCAGCAUUUGCGCGGGGGCUGUCUUUGCUUUCGGCGGUCUGGCUUUCUCUUGUGCCGAGGUAACUGGUGGUCAGAGCAGUUUUCAAUAUUCGCAUGGGGAUUUCAACCAGCCGAAACCUACCUAUAAAGUCUUUUGCCUCAUAUUUGUGUAGGAUGAAUGCAUUUGCAAUGGAUAAGAUGGUCUAUCAUUAGAUGCUACUCCUGUCACAAACCCAAGGAAGUUGCAGCCAAAAUGGCCAAGUACAAACUGAUCCUUUUGAGGCACGGCGAAGGGGCCUGGAACAAAGAGAACCGCUUCUGCAGCUGGGUGGACCAGAAGCUGAGCAGCGACGGGAUAAAAGAGGCUCAGAACUGUGGCAGGCACCUCAAAGCUCUUGGCAUUGAGUUCGACCUGGUGUUUACAUCCAUCCUCAGCCGCUCUAUUCAGACUGCCUGGCUUGUGCUGGAGCAGAUGGGGCAGGAGUGGGUCACCACCGAAUCUUCCUGGAGGCUGAACGAGCGGCACUACGGUGCCCUGAUAGGCCUCAACAGGGCAGAGAUGGCGCUGAACCACGGCGAGGAGCAGGUGAAAAGGUGGAGGAGGAGCUAUGACGUCACCCCGCCUCCCAUCACCGAGUCCCACCUUUACUACCACGAAAUCUACAACGAUCGCAGGUAUAAGCACUGCGACGUACCGUUGGAGAAACUCCCGAGGGCAGAAAGCUUGAAAGAAGUGCUUGAUAGACUCCUUCCCUAUUGGAACGAGAGGAUAGCUCCGGAGGUGAAGAGGGGCAAGACGGUUUUAAUUUCUGCUCACGGGAACAGCACGCGCGCUUUGCUGAAACAUUUGGAAGGCAUCUCUGAUGAGGACAUAGUCAAUGUGACUCUGCCCACUGGCGUCCCAGUUCUCCUGGAGCUUGACGAGGAUCUACGCUCGCUUGGCCCGCACCAGUUCAUUGGUGACCAAGAGGCAAUCCAAGCUGCCAUCAAGAAAGUGGAAGAUCAAGGCAAAGCCAAGCCCACGCUUGAGAAAUGAAAGACUCCUUAUGCAAAAUGCUCUCCCUUUUACCUCUUACCGUGCGCAGGAAAAGGAUAGCGCUUUGUGCUUGCCCUGUGAGGACUUGCUUAAGUUCCCAGUAAGUGGUAGAUUUUUAGCGUUUUAGCACACCAUUUUGGGUUAUUCCUUAUUUCCUUCCAGCAGCUGUGUUGGAUUCUGGUACAAGUAACAGUGAAUUUUGUUACUUGUACAGAUAGCUGUUGUUAUAAACUUUCCAUAUCCUUUGUAUAAGUCUUACACUAUCGGAGAAGGCCAGAGCAAGA